UGCUUAGUUGCUGCCUGAACUGCACAGUUCCUCCAGCAUUGUGUGUUUGUGUGUCUGUGUCUGUAUUUCUAGCAACUGCAGAAUCGUUUGUGUUUUAUAUCUUCAUUUGUAAGAGGGUUGUACUUCGGCAUUAGAUAAACAGAAUGCCUGUUGAUAUUGUUUUUGGGAGCCGCUUUCUACGUUAAAAGAGCUGCUGAGUUUUCUACACAGAAAAAACCCUGAGGUGUGGACAUAAAACCGGUGCUUGCAGGAACUUUUUAUGGCACCGUGAUUACCCAUAAAACCGUGCGUUUAAAAUUUCUCUGCCUCUGAACCACCAAUCAAAUGCGCAGGCGUCAAGGUUGUUGACGUAUUUAGAUCGCAUGCGCGCUGUAUACAAAAGGACUCAGCAGGAGCGUUCAAGGUAAGAAUGAAUCUACGGGCGGCUAUCUUAAACACCGAGUGUGGAACAAUUGCUCUGAUGCCGGACACCGUGACCCGCAAUCCCGGGACAGUCCUGCUGUCUUCCCCUUCUCUCAGCCCCACGAUCCGUACACAGGCCCUGGGAAGCUUACGGCUGCUGAGGGAAUGGGAACCGAUGGAUCUCUCAAACAGAGCUGAGAUCCAGCUAUUUAAAUGCAAGGAUUAGGAACUCGGCGAAAGGGAACAAAAUAUUUUACAUCACCAGUUGAGAAAAUCUUCUUUGUUCUACCUCCAAUCACAAACAAGAGAAAACCCGUGGAGAGGGCACAGUUUUAAGGUGCUUGGAAGCAGGUACAAAGGAGAUGUCAGGGGUGUUGUGCUCUUUAUACGGACCGUGGGUUACUCAUAACAAACUAUAUUAGGGAAGAAUUGACCUUUUAUUUAACAGCAACAAAACCACGUUUUACACUGCCAUGCUUCUCGAUCAUUCUUCAUUUCUGCGCAUUCUCAGAACUCUGUCCAGUCACGUCCUGGCACGUGAUAUCACCACGAGGGGUGAGUUUCUUUACGCAGAGUGAUGAGUGUCUGGAAUGGGCUGCCGGCGACUGUGAUGAAGGCGGAUGCAAUCGUGUCUUUUAAGAGGCUUCUGGUACAUGGUGCGCAGAAAAAUAGAGGACUAUGGGAAACUCUAGGUUAAAAACGAGAAGGAAUUUGUCUCCACGAAUCUCAGAUACGGCACGGCAAUUUUGCUGUCUCUGUCUGGAUAUUUAAGAAGUGGAGCAAGGGAUUCAAUCGACCAUUCUUCCUGCUCAGACUGUGGGAAUGGUUUCACUCGGUUAUCUCAGUUGAAGGUACAUCAGCAAGUUCCCACUGGGCAGGGCUAUUCAUCUGUUCUGUGUGUGAGAAAGGAUUCUGUCGGGCAUCCCACCUGCGGACAGACCAGUCCGAUCUCACUGGGCCGAGGCUGGUCAUCUGCUGAAUUUCAGGGAAGGGAUUCUCUCGGUCAUCUGACCAAAUGGCACACCAGCAAGUUCAUACCGGGAAGCGGCCAUUCACCUGCUCAGACUGUGGGAAGGGAUUCACACAGUCAUCCACACUACAGAUUCAUCAGCGAGUUCACACUGGGGAGAAGCCAUUCACCUGCUCAGAAUGUGGGAAGGGAUUCAGUCAAUCAUCCAACCUACAGAGUCACCGGCGAGUUCACACAGGGGAGAAGCCAUUCACCUGCUCAGACUGUGGGAAGGGAUUCACACUGUCGUCCCACCUACAGAGACACCAUCGAGUUCACACUGGGGAGAAGCCGUUCACUUGCUCGGUCUGUGGGAAGAGAUUCAGUGAGUCAUCUGACCUACUGGUACAUCAGCGAGUUCACUCUGGGGAGAGGCCAUUCACCUGCUCAGUCUGUGGGAAGGGAUUCACUCAGUCAUCCAACCUACUGGUACAUCAGCGAGUUCACACUGGGGAGAAGCCGUUCACCUGCUCAGUCUGUGGGAAAGGAUUCACACUGUCAUCCCACCUACAGAGACAUCUGCGAAGUCACACUGGAGAGAAGCCAUUCACCUGCUCAGAAUGUGGGAAGGGAUUUACACUGUCAUCCCACCUACAGAGACACCAGCGAGUUCACACUGUGGAGAAGCCAUUUACCUGCUCAGAAUGUGGGAAAGGAUUCACUCAUUCAUCCAUACUGCAGAUUCAUCAGCGAGUUCACACUGGGGAGAGGCCGUUCACCUGCUCAGACUGCGGGAUGAGAUUCACUUGCUCAUCUAAACUGAAGGUACAUCAGAGAUUUCACACUGGGGAGAAGCCGUACACCUGCUUAGACUGUGGGAAGGGAUUCACUCAAUCAUCCAACCUACAGAAUCAUCAGCGAGUUCACACUGGGUAGAAGCCGUUCACGUGCUCAGUCUGUGGGAAAGGAUUCACCCAGUCAUCCAAACUACAGAAUCAUCAGCGAGUUCACACUGGGUAGAAGCCGUUCACGUGCUCAGUCUGUGGGAAAGGAUUCACUCAGUCAUCCCAAUUACUGGCGCACCAGUCAGUUCACAAUGGAGAGUGGCUGUUGUUAUGAAUCCCUGGGUUUUGUUUGCUGUGGACUGUCAUUUUAAGAGAGAGACAGAUUAAGAAGGUGAAUCAGUCUGACUUGCAGCUUGUUUACAUUGCUCACAACUUGUUUAGUUUUAACUGAGGACACAGACACUCAGAGUCAGACGGAGACGAAGGAGGAAAAAUGAAAGGAUCGAAACCAGGGAACUAGAGGCCAAGGGUCAAUCUUUGGAACUUUCCUAUGCCCACAAGGGUGGGUUAGUUAUCGAUUCAUCGUACAUCGAACGUGUGGUGGUCACCUCGUUUGAUCCAUAGGAGUGGAUCUGAUUUGGGGUAUCAUGUGAAGACCACUGAUGUGUUAACCCUUGCCUGGGUGUGGUGACGAUACCCCUUGUGACAAUUUGCUUUUGGUGAUAAUUCGUAUUUGGAUUUGGAAUGACGAUGGAUAAAAUCUACAUCGAUUAUUCUCUCGCUUUACCACCAUGGAACCUGUGGAAUUCGACAUAAUUGCCUUCUCUUGACAUUUACCCCGGAUUACAAAUAUCUCAUCACCUAUUCCGUGGAUGAACUGAGCUUUCAUACUUUACUAUCUCAAGACUCCAAGCCUUGUUUCCCCCGUGCUCAGUAGUUUGGGAGUUAUA